CUCUUGCCCACUUUUGAGUGACUCCUUUGUAGUCUUCACGCCGCCCACCUCUCCCAAGCCGCCUCCCUUUGCUGUCUACUCACGGUUUAGAAAUCCUUAAACCCGUCCCUCCCUCUCUCCACCCCGCAGACAACUCCACCUGUCUGGGGGUAAAGCCAACACCUCUCCCCUUCCCUCCCCGUUCUAACCUCCUCACCUUCCCUGCAUUCCAGCCUCGCUACCCCCAAUACAUUAUACUUUUUACCCUGUCAGCAACCCUUGUUAGGUAUCUGCUCCAUAUCAAAACACAUCCCGUUAACUUUCCCCAUCUUUGCUCCUUCUUACCUUCUCCCCAUCCCCCUCUCCCCCCAUUACAUCUCCUCCCUUACCUUUCCAUAUACCUCCUCCCCUUUUUCUUCUCCUCCCUCUUCAAACUUCACUCCCCUCCUCCUCUCACCUCUCCCACUACACCCUCUCUUCCUGGUUUCCCUAUGGCUUUACAGAGAAUCGGUGAGAGUUUAUCAUAGACUGCUCUCCAAGCCUGGACCUUUUAGAAACAGACACCUCCAGGAAGAUCUCACCUGCUUCUAGGAAGACAUCUACUGAAGCAAAGAAUCUGCCAACUGAGACAUAUUUCUCCUGAUAAGACACGUUUUAUCUUUUUGCACUUUGAAACCUACCAUCCCUCUGCAAUCUUGGUACAUCGUCCCAGGACUUACACCUGAACCUCUCACCUUGCUGUAGUCUUGAUACAUUGUCUCAGGACAGACAUUCCAUCUCCACCUGUCCUUGGAUCGUUUAACUCUGAGAAGGCUGCUGGUACAGACUUCACAGUGGAACUUUAGGUAGAGAGGAGCUUCAGCUCUUAGGGAUGAAUGAAACAUCCUCCAGAAAAAGAGAGAAUUACAAACAACCGGUGUGUGACAGAGGCAGCCUCCAUCCCUGUAUUUAUUGUCUAGAGUUUUUAGUGUUGUAGCUAGAAUUUUGGAGGUGCAGAAAUGGCACUGCAAGAGGAUUUGCAGUAUGGGAAGGCGGAUUUUGUUCUCAUGGACUCUGUCACCUUACCAGAAUUUAUGGACAACCUAAAGCUCAGGUUUGAGAAGGGAAGAAUCUACACCUUCAUCGGAGAGGUAGUGGUGUCCAUCAACCCUUACAAGAAUCUCCCAAUCUAUGGAAGAGACACGAUUGAGCAAUAUAAAGGGAGGGAGCUGUAUGAAAGGCCACCCCAUCUCUUCUCAAUAGCAGAUGCUGCUUACAAGGCUAUGAAGAGGCGUUGUAAAGACACGUGUAUUGUAAUAUCAGGGGAGAGUGGCGCUGGUAAGACAGAAGCUAGUAAGUACAUCAUGCAGUACAUCGCUGCAAUCACUAACCCUAGCCAGAGAGCGGAGGUGGAGAGGGUGAAAAAUAUGCUUCUGAAAUCAAACUGUGUCUUAGAGGCAUUCGGAAACGCUAAAACUAAUCGAAAUGACAAUUCCAGCCGAUUUGGAAAAUACAUGGAUAUUAAUUUUGAUUUCAAGGGAGAUCCUAUUGGUGGGCACAUCAAUAACUACUUGCUGGAAAAGUCUCGUGUUAUUGUUCAACAGCUGGGUGAGAGGAACUUCCACUCGUUUUAUCAGAUGAUUUUAGGAGCCCCAGAGCAGACCCUUCGCUCACUACAUCUACAAAAAGAUCUCUCUGCCUAUACCUACACCCGAUCUUUAGCCCAAGUGAAGUCUAACAUUAAUGACACUUCAGAAUAUCGAGAGGUGGCAGAGGCCAUGAAGGUGAUUGGAUUCAAACAAGAAGAAAUUCAGACUGUUUAUAAAAUCCUGGCAGCUAUACUGCACCUGGGGAACCUGAAGUUUGUGGUAGACGGUGACACCACAAUGAUUGAGAACGGUAAAGUGGUAUCUGUGGUGGCUGACUUGCUGGGUUCCAAAAGUGAACUACUGGAGAAAGCGCUUCUCUUCCGAACUGUGGCUACUGGCCGAGAUGUCAUAGACAAGCAACACACCGAGAAAGAAGCCAACUAUGGCAGGGAUGCAUUUUCUAAGGCCAUCUAUGAGCGUCUCUUCUGCUGGAUAGUGACUCGCAUAAACGAUGUGAUUGAUGUACGGCAGCAGGAUGCGUCCCUGCAUGGAAAGAACACUGUAAUUGGGGUGCUUGAUAUAUAUGGCUUUGAAAUUUUUGAUAACAAUAGCUUUGAGCAAUUCUGCAUAAAUUAUUGUAACGAGAAAUUACAGCAGUUGUUCAUCCAGCUAGUUCUGACUCAGGAGCAGGAGGAAUAUCAGAGAGAAGGCAUCCCGUGGAAACAUAUAGACUAUUUCAACAACCAGAUCAUCGUGGAUCUAGUGGAACAGCAGCACCGGGGGAUUAUCUCCUUAUUGGACGAUGCCUGCAUGAAUGUGGGUAAAGUGACGGAUGCCAUGUUUUUGGAUGCUCUAAACAAACAGCUUGGGAAACAUGCUCAUUACUCCAGUAGGAAGGUGUGUCCGACUGAUAAAGCCUUGGAGUACGACAGAGAUUUCCGAAUCCGUCACUAUGCUGGAGAUGUUGUUUACUCUGUGGUGGCAUUCAUUGAUAAAAACAAAGACACGCUAUUUCAGGAUUUCAAGAGAUUGAUGUAUAACAGUGCCAACCCUGUGCUGAAGAACAUGUGGCCGGAAGGAAAGUUGAGUAUUACGGAAGUCACCAAACGACCACUUACUGCGGCCACUCUCUUUAAAAACUCAAUGAUUGCUCUUGUGGACAACCUAGCAUCCAAGGAACCAUACUAUGUUCGCUGCAUUAAACCAAACGAUAAGAAGUCCCCGUCCUUGUUUGAUCCAGAACGAUGUCGGCACCAGGUGGAGUACCUGGGGUUGCUAGAGAAUGUCCGUGUCAGACGUGCUGGAUUUGCGUAUCGGCAGGAGUACGAACGCUUCCUACACAGGUACAAGAUGAUCUCUCAGCUGACUUGGCCUAAUCAUAGCUUGUCUUCGGACCGUGCUGCUGUACAGAAGCUUCUCGAAGAGUGCCGUUUUCAUCAGGAUGCCGCCUAUGGGAAAACAAAGGUUUUUAUUCGUACACCUCGGACGUUGUUUUCCCUGGAGGAGAAACGAAGUGAGAUGCUUCUGAGAAUAAUUCUUUUCAUACAGAAAAUGUGGAGAGGAACUCUGGCUCGGUGGAGAUACAAGAGGACAAAAGCAGCCCUCACAAUCAUACGUUACUACAGGCGGUACAAAGUUAAGUCUUACAUCCUUGAGGUGGUCAAGAGGUUCGGUGGAGUACGGAAUAGCAGAGAUUUUGGGAAAAAUGUUAAGUGGCCGACACCACCUAAAGUGCUCCGUCGCUUCCAGGAGGCAUUACAGAACAUCCAUGAAAGGUGGAGGGCCUACCAAUUAAUUAAAACCCUACCUGUGGCAGAGAUACCGAAGGUCAGGGCCAAGGUUGCAGCCUUUGAGAACCUCAAGGGCCACAGAGCUGAUAUGGGUCUUCAAAGGAUCUGGGAAGGGAGCUAUCUGGCAUCGAAACAAGAGAAUGCUCAGAAUUCUGGGUCCUUCAUAUCUCGUGCCAACGAACUCCAGAGGAAGGACAAGUAUAUGCAAGUACUGUUCUCCUGUCACGUACGCAAGGUAAACAGAUUUAACAAGGUAGAAGAUCGUGCCAUUCUGGUGACAGACCGCCACCUGUACAAGAUGGAUCCUAGCAAGGUGUACAAAGUGAUGAGCAGCACUCCACUUUACAAUGUAUCGGGCAUCAGUGUGACUAAUGGGAAAGACCAGUUGGUAGUCUUCCACACGAAGGACCAGAAGGACCUAAUUGUGUGUUUAGGAGUUUGUGGACAACCACCUUACGAGAGCCGAGUGGGGGAGCUGGUCGGUGUCCUUGUCAAUCAUUUCAAGAGUGAGAAGAGGCGAUUGCCGGUCACCGUGUCGCACCCAGUGCAGUGCAGCCAGCAUGGCAAAUCCUGCUCGAUCACCGUGGAAACAAAGAUCAACCAAUCACCGCCUCACUUCACCAAGAGUCGCUCUGGGUACACCCUCAGCGUGCCAGCGAAUUAAUUCCUCUGUGCCUUGAUCAUACAGCGAUAUUGAUUAUCUCUGCCCUGUGCCUACCCACACAGCCAAAUUAACAGAAAUGCCACAAAUGUGCUUUAGUCGGGGACUGGUUCCCCCUAAAAUCUUAUAAGUGGAAGUCUGUGUGUUUGUUUAUAUUAUAUACAUAUCUACACACCUGCUUCUUUUCAUAAUGUCCAAAUUUUAAUUCUUCUUGCUCCAAGUGCCUUUCUUUAGAAACAUUACAUGGAGUUACCCGGCCUGUGUCUCUCCCUUGUCCAGAGUGAGUCAACAGGUGGAUCUCCCGGUUUUACAUGAUUGGGUGUCAUGUUGGCACAUUUUAUUGUUCAUUGAUAAUAAAACAAAUUAAAAAAAAAAAGUUAAUUAAUUCUGUGUCUAGCAAUUUAAUAAGGUCAAAAAUUAUUGGGUUCUUUAUCCUGGUUUUAAUUAAAAAUAUUCUUGUUCAAAAUAACAUAAAACCAAGCAUUUGUACUGUGGUCAGGGUUGGCCAAAUUUAUGUGGGGUGUCCCCACUAAACAUCACAUUGUAGUGAAUUGAACACAGAACUGUAUAUUUGAAAUAAAAAUUGUCAAGCUAUGACUGUA